GUGCAAAGUAAAGCUGUGUGAUAUUAUCAAUGGAUCGUUGGGUCGGAAAAGUUGCUCUGGUCACGGGGGCCAGUGCCGGCAUCGGUGCUGCAACGGCCGAAGCCCUCGUCCUGGAGGGUCUCAAGGUCGUCGGAAUAGCCAGGCGAGUGGAGAAGAUCGAGAAACUCGGUGAAGAGCUUAGAGACGCUAAAGGAAAACUUUACGCGAUGAAGUGCGACGUCUCGAAGGAGGAGGAAAUCCUCGCGGUCUUCGAAUGGAUCAAAGAAAACCUCGGCGGCGUCGACGUCCUCGUUAACAACGCCGGGCUGAUGCACGCGGCGAGUCUGACCGACGGAGACACCGAAGGCUUUCGCCGUUUACUCGACGUCAACGUCUUGGCAGUUGCUGUGUGCACCAGGGAAGCCGUGAAAUCGAUGAAAGCACGUCACGUCGACGGUCACGUCUUUAACAUCAACAGUGUCCUGGGUCACUACGUCUUUACGGCCAGUGACCGCUGGAGCUUGUAUCCAAGUACUAAAUUCGCGGUGACAGCAAUGACCGAAGUAACCAGGAAGGAGCUGAUCAUGGCAAACACGAAGAUCAAGAUAACCAGCAUCAGUCCAGGAUUCGUUAAAACGGAACUGGUCUCAGUUUCCUCUUCGGAGUCAAUCUACGAGGAGAUGCUCAGUAUUCAUCCUACCUUGAACCCGGAGGACGUCACCAGUGCAAUUAUCUACGCCCUGGGUACUCCGGCACAUGUUCAGGUCUGCGAGCUUACACUACGUGCAGUCGGCGAGACAAUGGCUUGAUCGACUUCACCAUUCAACGUGCCUAUGUCCUGGGAAUCUGCAAAAUUAUAUGA